AUGGCCUAUAAUUUCGUGCGAUCGUAUAUCGACACGUUCCGAGAGCGAACCGCUGCCAUUAGUCAUACAUCGACCUUCCGCGAAACUGGUCAGAUUACGCCAGAAGAGUAUGUCCUCGCCGGCGACUUUCUGGUCUUCAAGUUCCCAUCGUGGCAGUGGGCCGAUGCCUCCUCGCCGUCGAAACGCGUACCAUAUCUCCCUGAAGGAAAGCAGUUCCUUGUUACACGAGGCGUGCCCUGCAACCGCCGUCUGGACGACAACUUUGCUGGAGAGGCUGGUCAAGAUGAAACACUGGUACGAGACGGAUUCGCUACUGGCGAUGCUGACGACGACGGCUGGCUGAGGACGGGUGGCAUGGCUGCGAGCCAGGAAGCGAAGGUGCGAGACGUGCAGACUGUCGACGAAAGCGGAAACCUAGGAGCCGCGGACGACGAGGAUGAGAUUCCAGAUAUGGAGGACGACGAGGAUGAUGAUGAGGCCAUUAUAAGGGAACCCCAGGGCGGUUCUAGCGCGUCAGGACCGGCGCGAACGUAUACGCUCUACAUCUGCUACUCUGCCCACUACCGCACACCUCGCCUAUAUCUCUCCGGAUACGGCUCAACAUCGGUUCCUCUGAAUCCGCACGAGAUGAUGGAAGACAUCGUUGGAGACUACAAGGAUAAGACGGUCACGAUCGAGGACUUUCCCUUCUUCGAGCACGCGGUGAAGACGGCAUCGGUUCACCCUUGCAAGCAUGCUUCUGUCAUGAAGGUGCUGCUCGACCGCGCAGAUGCAGCCUUGAAGCUGCGGCUGGCCAAGUUGAAGGCGGGCAAGGAUGUCGGCAAGGUAGACAGUGGAAUGGAAGGCCUAGUCGAUGACACUAAACUGCUAAAGCUGACCGAGCAGUCAAAGAGCAAAGCUGGUGAAGAGACCAAAGACAAGGGAGACGACUGGGAGGUUCUGAGCGAAGGCGAUGAGGACGAGGUCGCUAUUCGUGUGGACCAAUAUCUCGUGGUCUUCCUCAAGUUCAUGGCAAGUGUAACACCCGGUAUCGAACACGACUUCACCAUGGGUGUCUAA